AUGCCUCGCCAACAAAUCGAUUUAGAACCCUACCGGGAUGAGAUCAUUGCUCUCUACUACCAUGGCAUCAGUAGCGACUCUAUUAGCCGCACCCUCGAAAGUUAUCAUAAUAUCCAAGUCAAGGAGCGAACCAUCCAGUCCCGCCUUCGCAAGUGGGGCAUUCGCAAGCGACACCGGACGACGACAGGCGACAAGGUUUUGCAUGGGCGCAUUAAGAUGCUUUUCAUACAGCAUAGGCUGACCGAUAAGGCUAUGCUCAACACGUUACAGCAAGAAGGUUAUGGUAUCUCUGAACGCACUUUGCGUCGUCUGCGGUUUAAGUUAGGACUCCAUGCCAGGGCUUCGGAACAGGAACAGCACCAAACAGAUGCAGAUGCAGAUGCGGAUGCGGAUGCGGAUGCAGAUGAUUGUUUCACGGCCUCGUUCAGAGGGACAACCGGUGUGAAUCCGGCCUGCUGGAACUGA